GGCACAAAGUAUCUAUAUGUCCUGCUGUGAGAAAAUUAGAUGAAGAGUGUACGAUGCUCCUUCAAACACUCACUAUGAAACAACUCGAAGUAGUUCAAGAAAUGAUAAAUGAACAUUUUAAUGAUGGCCUUAAUGCUAAUCAAGUUCCCGAAGCCCUGAAGCUUACAUUAGAAUUAGUAGAAGUUAUAAUAAAAAAAGAAAGCAAAGCAAAGGAAAUCGUACACAUGCCAUCAUAUAAAGAAGAAGAAAAGUUAGAUAAAGUCGAGACUAAAAUAAAGAAAAUCCACACUCCUUAUUUAAAGUCAACUGCUCAUGAAAUUACAUUUAACUAUAGUCUAUUGUGUCCUGUUCGAACCCAAAAGAAUGAGCCAAAGAGAAAAAUACCAGUUAGCUUCGAAGAUUUUAAAUCAAUCGAUUAUCAACUUGCCAAUAAUAAUCCUAUAUGUUGUAAUCGAAAUAAAGUUGGAAUUAAAGUAAAUAAUUAUAAGGCACUUAUUCAUGCUGAAUUGGAUGAAGAACCCUGUCACAAAAAGAUAGUCUCGGGCCAGAAUAACAGUUAUCUUAAUGAACCUGAAAUGUACCUGAUGAAUACUAAGCCUAAUAACAAUGAUGAUGACAAUGAGACCUGGUAUCCUUGUAACAACAAGAUUCCUGAAGAAUGGUUGGGUUCGAUUAACCAUAAAGAACUUACAAAAGCUGAAUUGAAAGCAAUGAAAAGUUUAGAUAAAAGUGACGAACCUGAUAAUUAUAAAGAGGCUGAUGAAAAAAUCAAAUUCACUAAUGAUACUAAAAAAAAUAGUAAAUAUUUGGCAUUUACGGGUUAUCAAAAAUCAACAAGAGAAAGUUUAAUGGAAAGAAUACUUAAUUUUAGUCAAAAUGAUACAAAAAUUAAAAAAGAUCAUCAUCCUAUUAUUAUUCCUAUGUAUACUACACUUAGAAAAAGACAAAGUAGCGUACUUAUACAGAUCCAACGUAAGUCAUCAGACGAAUAA